AGUGGAAUCCAUUGGUAUCAUCCGAUUCCAUUUGUGAGGUCUUCCAUCCACCAUUCUGCAACACAUUCCAGACCAUACAUAUCUUGUACUUGCAUACAAGCUCUAUAGCAGCUAACAGACCUUGUUUUGUAUGUAUCUACUACGUCACACAUUACGACACGACGUCACCGUGAUCCCUACGCGGCCAUGUUUUCCCUACUUCUGGCAAUCCUAGGCAAUCUUGCCAGCCGAUAACGCGCGGGCGCGUUUUUUCUUAAUGAUUUAUAUCAAGCUGUGUAUUUAAUGUCUGUCGAUAUUCUUACGUUUGGAAUCAUAAGUGUAAUAUACAAAGUCAUUCAUCCAAUACGAUCAUUGAGCUCGACACAGUUUUUAAUCAGAAAACAAAUACAAAAGUUUGCGACGAUGGCAGAUAUGCCCAUUAACAGCAUCGCACCACGGAAAAUGUCUUUUGGUAUUAAUGGAAAAUUAAAUGGUUUGGAAAAUAAGACGCCUUUUCUGAUCGGUGUGUCUGGUGGCACAGCCAGUGGAAAAUCGACUGUCUGUAAUCGUAUUAUGGAAAAAUUAGGACAGGUUGAUAUGGACCACAUGCAACGACAAGUAGUUUGUAUUUCGCAAGAUAGUUUUUACAGAGAUCUUUCACCGGCCGAAAAACGCAAAGCCGAGAAAGGUCAAUAUAAUUUCGACCAUCCUGAUGCAUUUAACAAUGAUUUGAUACUUCAGACGUUACAAGAUAUAUUGGCUGGUGUCAAAUGUGAAAUACCUGCUUAUGAUUAUAGAACAAAUAGUUUAAUAAAAGAAAAAAUUACAACAAUCUAUCCUGCAGAUGUAGUUUUAUUCGAAGGGAUUUUAGUAUUCUAUUUUCCAAAAAUACGUGAUUUAUUUCAUAUGAAAUUGUUUGUAGAUACAGAUUCAGACACUAGGUUGGCUAGAAGAGUACCAAGAGAUAUAAAUGAAAGAGGAAGAGAUUUGGAUUAUGUAUUGAAUCAGUACAUGAAUUUUGUAAAACCUGCAUUUGAAGAGUUUUGCUUACCUACAAAAAAAUUUGCCGAUGUAAUUAUUCCCAGAGGUGCGGAUAACACAGUGGCAAUAGAUCUUAUAGUGUACCACAUCUGGGACAUUUUGCGUUUGAAAAAGGCUGAAAACUCAUCCGGGCAGCAUCCAUACAACUACCAACGUAGGCGUACUUCAACUUCAUCUGACACGCUCAGCAGAUGAUCUAAGCAUGACAUGCUCACUUAUAAGCACCACACUUUUUCAUAUAUAUCAUACAUUUAUGUAUAAUCAAGUUUACAGUAACUUUCAGAUUUUUAUUUUAAGUACUUAAUACUUCUCUUAUACCUUAAUAACAUUGUAUUUGUAUUACGUUUAUAUAUCGAGCAACAAACGAUAUCAUUUUUGAAAAGUGUAUCUGCUUCCAUUAUAUCCUUGCAUGAGGUGAAAUUAAUUUUACACUAUACCAAAAAUCUCCAAAUAUUGUAAUUCCAAUCAAGCAUAAUUAUUCAAAUUUAUACUUAUGGCUAAUAUAAUAGAAAGCUUUGAGUAUUACUUACGUAUACAUAAAUUGUAUUGUGCACGUUAUUAAAGAUGGAAACUUUUUUUUAUAUAAUAUACCCUAAA